AUGGCUGAGCAGAGCAGUGACAUAGACCCGCCCGCGGGCGCUCCCAACGGCGACCGCCAGCACAGGGAGAGCUUUCUCGUUCGCCUGCCGUCUAGGUCCAUGGUCAAUUCACACGCCGCGGCCACUUCCCACCCGUUUACGCCCUUGCAGAAUGGCGAAGGAACCCCGUUCGGAAGUCAGCCUACCACGCCUCUGUAUGAGGUCAUUCACGCCCGUGAUCCGACGGCGAGGCCCGGCGGACUGGACCGGAACCCAACCACCACCGCCGAGUCCCUCGUGAGCGCCUCUGACCGCCAGCAAGCUCUCGCUAAGCUCGGUAUCAACGAUACCGCAGUCGAAGCCGUCAUGCCCGUUUUGCCGGGCCAGGAAUUCCACCUCGCAAGCUGGCUCACAAGCGGGCGGACCCUGGCCGAACCUACUUGGGCGUUCCGCACCAAGGUGCCGAUUGACGAACACCGAUUGCGCGGCGCUUGGGCAGUGCUUCGCCGCCGGCACGCUAUAAUGCGGUCUACCCUUGUCGCCGUACGACCUGACGAGGCCUUUACCGUUGUGCUGCGACAAGCCACUGGUGCAAGCAACUACGCCACGUUCACCAAGGCUAAGAGCCGUGAGGGCACAUUAGAGGAACGCGUCAAGGCGGAGCUGAAGAAGCUCGCGGUUCACCCAUCUUCUCUAAAGACACCGCCCACCAGGCUUACCCUGGUUCGAGGCGACGUCCAAGAGGGAGAUGCCGUUAUGAUAACCAUCCACCAUGCCGCCUGUGAUACGCGUAGCAUGGGCCUCCUAGUCCACGAGCUUACUGAACUAUACCAGGGAAAGCCGGUGGUGUCCAAGGCACCGUCAUUCAGGAACUUCGUGAAAGAGACCUUGUUCACCCACGACCGAGAUGCCGAGGAGGACUUCUGGAGAGAUACCCUGCGGGACUGCGAGGAGACUAUAGUGAAGCCAGAGACGGAUGGCCAAGGGAACCCCCUCAAGAAGAACGAGUUAGUUGUCACAGGUACCAAGACUAGCACCGAUGCCCUUGAGAAGGCAGCGGAAGCAGUUGGCGUUACACCUCCGACUGUCAUAUACCUCGCCUUCAGUCACAUUCUGGCCGAGAGGACAGGAUCCAAGCGGCCUGUAUUUGGAUGUUUCCACAAUGGCCGGACUUCGAUCGACAACGUUGACAGGAUCGAUGACAUGAUCGGACCUUGUUCCACCAUGCUUCCAACCACCAUCCCAGAAGAUGUCGAUGUAUCUCACGACCUCAACAACAGCAAAUCUGAACUUAUUACAUCACUAAAGUCGGUUCACGAGCACCUCGAGUCUCAGGUGCCUUACGAACAGUCUCGUCUGCGGGAUGUGCUACGGUGGGCCGAGGUGGGCGAUAGUGUACCGUUCAAUACGUACUUGAACAUUCUCUGGAACACGAAGCUGCAGGGUGACACACCGGCAGGGACGCCACCCGCGGAUAACAACCAGCCGUGGGAGCGCAUGGACCUGGGCAUGCGUACCGACUACAGCACUGCGUCAGCCAUACCUGGCCCAACUACUGUUGAUGUGCUCGACACGAGCACCGUCAUGAGGAAGCAAAACGUCUUCGUCGAUGUUGGAUGCGAUAAGGAAGAGUUCGGUGGAGGUCAUCUCGAGAUCCGGCUCAGUGCCAACGAGGUGCUUAUGGGCGCUGGGGAUCUGGAAUCUCUGGCUCAAGACAUCGAUAAUGAGGUUGCUGGGUUGGUCGAGUGUUUGUCUUCAUAA